AUGUCCACCGAUUCUACUAUCAAGGCUUCCAACUGGAGAUUAGUCGAAGUAGGCCGUGUUGUCUUGGUCAAGAAGGGCCAAGCUGCCGGUAAAUUGGCUGCUAUUGUUGAGAUUAUCGAUCAGAAAAAAGUUUUGAUUGAUGGUCCAGAAUCCGGUGUCCCACGCCAAGCCAUCAACUUGGGCCAAGUCGUUUUGACUCCAUUGACCUUUGCUUUGCCAAGAGGUGCCAGAACCGCCACCGUUUCCAAGAAAUGGACUGCUGCCAACUUGACUGAAAAAUGGAAUGCUACUUCCUGGGCUAAGAAGAUCGCUCAGCGUGAAAGACGUUCCGCUUUGUCCGACUUUGAAAGAUUCCAAGUCAUGGUUUUGAGAAAGCAAAAGAGAUACACUGUUAAGAAGGCUCUAGCCAAGGCUUAA